AUGAGCAUUGAGACACCAGAAAAGCAGAUCGCUCCGGCAUCAACGUCUGCCACUGCAUCUGAAAAGAUCUCCAAAUCCAAAGAGAACCCCACAUCAACGGAGACAGGAACAACAGAAGAGAUAAAAGAAAAAGAUAUAUCCAAGUCUUCACUAUAUUCCCCAGCAAACCUGCUCUCAAGCUUGCUGUCCCCGUUCUCUUUCUCAAGCUCUUCAGAGCCAACCACCACGGUAUCUCCAAACCAGGAGAAAAAUGAAGAGACAACCACAAAUCCAACCCAAAUAUCAAUUGAAGCCUCAACUACACAACCCACUCCGGAGCCAUACUACAGCCCCGAAGAAACUCCUCUUUUCAAAACCCUUGCAAAAACCCGUCUAACCAAAACACGCACAAAACAACUCUUGCGCGCGGGAGAGAGAGAAUACAAUGAUCCCCCGCCUAUGGGGGAUUGCUGUGGAAGUUCCUGCGACCCAUGUGUAAGGGAUUUAUGGAAGCAGGAGAUCGGGAUUUGGAGGGAGAGGUGGGGUGAUUGGGGUAUUGAGGAUGGGAAGAAGAGUGAAGAGAAGAGCGAAGAGAAGAAAGAGAAGUUGGGGCAGAGGAAGGAUUUGGAAUGGUGA